AUGCUCUUCAAGCUAUUCCCACGACUGCGUUUGCGAGCCGUCACGGGGCCGGUCAAGUCCUGCGAUGCGUUCAUUUAUAUGGAUCGUGGCAUGCAAUCGCUUGGUUGGAUACCACCGAAACACAUCUAUGGACGCUGGAUAUAUCUUUUGUGGACGGUUUUCACAACGGUGCUUGGAAUAAUUAUGCUAGAUGUGUCGCUGUUGGUCAGCUACUUCAAGGAAUUAAGCACCUUUUCGGCGGGUCAGUUUCUCACCUCGCUGCAAGUGUCCUUCAAUUGUUUUGGCUCCAGCAUCAAGGCCAGCUACACAUUUGCGGGCAUCAGGCGUUUUAAACUGGCCAAGAAGCUCUUGGAUCGCCUCGACGAGCGCUGCGCCAGCGUGGAGGAGUACGCCCAGCUGCAUCGAGCUGUGACGCGUUGCAAUCAGUUCUAUAUGGCCUACCAGACCAUGUACCUUAUGUAUACGGUCUCCACUUUUCUAUCUAACGCCUUUAGCGGUCGCCUGCCCUGGAAACUAUACAAUCCGCUGAUUGACUGGCAGACGAGUGCACGGAACUUUUGGCUGGCUGGCUUUAUGGAAUACUUUUGGAUGACAACCGCUGUGAUGCAGGAUUUAAUGGCCGAUGUUUAUCCUGUUAUAUACUUUGUAAUACUGAGAGCUCACAUAGGUUUGCUGAAGCAGCGGUUGCGACGACUGCGCACAGAUCCAACGAUGAGCGAAGAGCAGAACUAUGAGGAGCUAAUCAAGUGCAUUGAUGAUCAUCGUGUAAUAUUGGAGUAUUGCAACACACUACGACCCAUUGUUUCGGCCACAAUUUUCAUACAGUUUCUGCUUUGUGGCCUUGUCAUGGGCUUGUCCAUGAUCAAUUUACUCUUCUUUUCAAAUUUCUGGACUGGCCUGGGCACUGCUGUAUUUCUGUGUGAUCUGGUGCUGCAGACCUUUCCCUUCUGCUACAUUUGCAACAUGAUCAUGGAUGACUGCGAGGAGCUCGCCAACUGUCUCUUUCACUCCAAUUGGCUGAGUGCAGAUCGUCGUUAUAAGACCACAUUGCGUUAUUUUCUGCACAAUGUGCAGAAACCCAUCGUUAUGUCAGCGGGCGGCGUCUUCGACAUUUCCAUGAACUCAAACAUAACCGUCGCUAAAUUGGCAUUUUCCGUGGUCACGUUCGUAAAGCAAUUAAAUAUUGCCGAAAAGUUUUAG